AUGAAUCCUACUCAGCAGAAACCCCGCGUCGCCAAGCGAGCCAUCCCCUGCAUCGGCCUCUUCAUGGCCCGCCGCUCAAAACCAACCACCCCGACAAUCACAGUCACCAACGACCAGGAAGAGCUUGUCCUCUCCAAAACGGCAACCCGCAAACCAACCUCCCGCCUCCGCUGCGCCCUCGCCCGUCCCUUUGUCUCGCUGCGCCGCAGAUGGGGCACCUUCCGAGACCGCCGCGCCGACCGCCGCGAGCAGCGUCUCCUGCAGGACCACGGCGGCGUCGAGGAGGAGAUUGACGAAGAGUUCAAGGACGCCGCGUCCGUCGAAGCGCCCGACGUCCCGCAGCAGCGCGAGGCCCAGGGUAGCGUCCGGGCUCCGCCGGGCAAGUACGUCCUCGAGCUCGAUUUUAGCCACAUCAAGGAGAUGGAGACGGCGAGCUGGCUGCGUGAAAGGAGGCCGGAGACGCCCGCCGCCAGGAAGAUGGGGCCCGCCUUCAGCUUCAGGAGGCCGAUGACUUCGAGGGGGGCGAGGCCGAUGUACUGA